AUGGAACAACAUCGCAGUUCUGGUCAAAGACUUUCGGCGCACCCCAAUGACUUUAGCCAUGACGCUUGGCAUCUCCCCAGCCAGGUGAACAAAACUUUCACUGGCCCAAUUAUUCUUCCUACGGGACACUUGCCGACCGAUGCCGGGAGGCCGAGACACGAAUCUGGUGCCGCAGGAGCAAGCAAGAGGAUUGCUCCUCGGCCGAACCCGGUUCAGAGCGCCUCCAUUCCGGUUGCAGCACCCCCAAUUCAACGUGACGCAUCUGCAACACAUGCUCGGCAUUCGGCGCAACCUGUGAGACUAGCGCCGAACGGAACAGGCUCUUCGUCACCCAAGGGUGCUGUACGGCGCAACUCUAGCGGUGCCAAUCCGGCACACACAGGCAGAAAGUUGCCGGCGGCCGUCAAAAGCCAAACUGAUGCACAGCUGCCUGUUCGUUGUCGUUCGCAAUCUCCCAAGGAGCUCCAGUAUGCGCGGCGCUUACCGCCGCAAGCGGCAAAGGCAAGACCGUCUCCCAUAGAGCAGGUCAUUCAAGUUGGAAAUCGGUGCGGAAAUCAAGACUAUUGGCGCAGCUCACUGCAGAUGCCAAAGAGGACAGGGGUGAAGAAGGCGACUGGAAAGGUCCGAUCGCGUCUCACGGAAAGCCAGAAUUCACGCGCGACUGAGAAAACACAGCAACCAUCCCGAGACAUACACGCUCAGGGAGAUGGCGGAGGUGCCACACGGAAGGGCAUGCCUCCUAAAGAGAAGGAGAGCGAAGUGGGAGGCAGGAGAUAUGAGAGCGGAUUAGUUGAUCCUAGCCUAACGCGAACGCCAUUAGAUGUUGGACAACAUCACGAAUUUUGGCGCAAGUCUACAAAACUGCCCAGUGUCAGUUCUAAUAAAGCAAGACAACGGCGUCUUGCUGAUGGCAAGCGGCGAGCUCUUGAUGUUAUGGAGGGGAGAGGACCGUUGGCCGAGAAGAGUGAUAUACUUGGUCAAGCCACUGGUCGGGCGAGGAAGAGCAACGUUGUGCCGAGCGAUGAAGUAACGAUUAGCUCUCCAGGGAAAAAUCGGAGGGUCAACGAAGCAGUGGAAUCGUUUGGGAAAGAGGACUCAGCCAACGGUGACACACCACUCGCAUUAGACAAUAGGUCAGGUGAAAGGCAACGAACUCCGCAAGAAUUUUUGGACGAAGAGCUGAAAGACAAUCGGAAGAUCAUCAGGACGAAAGACUACGAGGUGCGACAAAUGGAAGCAUAUGCAGAAAGUCGUCUUCACGUGAAGAUGAAUCUUAGGGGACGGAAUAAGAUUUGGAACUGGCUAUCGGGUGGGGAUAGAUUAACAAGUUAUUCGGUGAUGUUUCUAGUUUUCACGAUGGAUCUAGAUCGAAAGUUGAUUAGCUCGUCGUCGACGGAGAGGAAACAGGCGCUAGAGGAAAUGGAAAAUGACUCGUUGCGGAUGCUGGAGGCUCUGAUGAUGAGAUUGGGGACGAAAGAUGGGUGUGACAAUUGGCAUGCAUUAACUGAAAAUUUUAACCUUGAAGAAUGA